AUGGCUCCCGAAUCUACCCCAUCCAAACCCGGGGGGAUGAUGUCGCUGUAUGCGAACCUGCUCGAUCCUUCAGCCGAGUCUUCGCCUGGAACGAUCUCCCGCGCCCCCGUCGUCUUUAAGCAGAGCUCCGAGAUCGACGCGCAAUCCGACGAGUCCGCUGCGAAGAAGCAGCAGCUCAAUGCUGCUUCUCUUCGAUUCCAGCCCACCAAGAGGCCGCAGUUGAAUCAGAAACCCAAACCCAAACCUACCUUACCAAAGGCUGGAUUGCCGCCCGGCGUGACUCAAGCUUCAAAUUCUGCUGGAGGGCCUGCGAAAAGUACGUUGGCGGAUUGGGCCGCUACAGAGGAAGAUGACUUGGAUUACUACAUGGGCGAGAAGCGACAACGAGGCGGGAGAAAAAAGCGCAAGAAGAACCGAGAGCCGCAGAUGGCCAUGCAGAACUGGGACGAUAUUUAUGAUCCAUCCCGUCCUAACAACUAUGAAGAAUACCGACACAGUGACGAGAAGAUCCUCGAGGUCCGCGAAUGGAAGGACCGCUUGUAUGCGCACCGGAUGAAGCGCUCGCCAACACCAGACUCCGACAGUGAUGAUUACGACCGGCCGAUGAACCGCCAAUUUGCUCCACCGGGAAGCUUUGCGCCGCCACCGAAUCUCAAUGAUAUACCACCUCCGCCCCCAGCAGAUAUUCCGGAUGAUCCCUCUGGAGAAGAUGCAUUUGCACGCCGUGCACGUAUGAGCCAGCACCCUAACAAUGAUAUGGCCAUGCCCAACUAUUCUCCGCCUCCACCUCCGCCUCCACCAGAACAACCUCCGGCGCCACCCCCUGAUGUUGCUACCGACGAAGAUCCAUAUCUGCGGCGAACUCAGCAAUCACAAAACCCGCCGUCAUCAGAAAAUGCACCAGUUCCCCCACCACCCCGCCCACUUGAUGCCUUUCAACCAAGUUCUGCAACUAUAUCCCGCGCGCCGGUCCGCUAUACGCUCCCGCCACCACCCGAAGACAUUCCCGCAUCCGAGGCAGAACUGGAAGAAGUGUUUGCAAAGGAACAACCAGCAGAGACGGAGGAUGGCGAGGAUGCACCUCGCUCGCUUCGUCCUGGUCAAAAGGGCUUCGCGGAGCGACUUCUCUCUAAAUACGGGUGGACCAAGGGAUCUGGGCUUGGUGCUACAGGCUCGGGUAUUGUCAAACCGCUGCAGGUGAAGGUUGAGAAGCAGAAGAAACGGCCCGAUUCUGAGGGCGGAGGGUUCGUGACUCCCGGUGGACGGGGGAAAAUCAUCGGCAGCAAGAAGAAAGAAGAGGAUACGGGCAAGUUUGGGCCGAUGACCAAUGUGAUCAUUCUUCGCGGGAUGCUGGAUGGCAUGGAUCUGGAUGCAGAACUACAACGCGCCGAGGGUGGUGGUUUGAUGCAAGAGAUCGGAGAGGAAUGCAACGAAAAGUACGGGCGAGUGGAGCGAGUCUACAUCGCCCGCGACGUGGGCACUCCAAUGCCGGUUUUUGUGAAGUUCACUAAUGAAUUAUCGGCGCUACGGGCCGUAAAUGCACUAGAAGGACGUAUUUUCAACGGGAAUACAAUCCUAGCUCGGUUCUUCGACCCCGAGAAAUUCGAGCAGGGUGUUUACGUUGAUUAG